AUGAGUGAUUAAUUAAAUUUUAAUCUUAAACUUUUUAGAGAAAGGAUAACUGAUAAAUACUAAAGAAACUCUUCAAAUACAAAGAUAGGACAAAGCAAUUAAUUAAGUAGUCAAAGAAAAUCAUACAAACUAAAAGCUCCAAAUCUUGAUUCAUUUAGUAGCAGAUGGUAAAAUGGCAGUGUUAAUCAGUUCAAACCAGAUUCCCGUGUUUGUUCUCCAAAACACUUAUAAUCCCCUGAAACUUAUCAUGGAAUGCAAUAGAAAAUAAAAACUAUAACAACUUCUCCUUAGAGAUUUGAUAGUAAUCGUUUUGGACAUCCUUUACGAAGUCCUUAAUCUUUACUUAUACCAUUUUAGGGAUCUUAUUAAUCACCUAAAGCAUAAACUGAUAGAAAUGAAUUUUAAGAAUUAAAAAGAUAUAACUCCAAUAAUGAUAUUACUGAAAUGGUACCUUUCUAUGAUUUAGUUAAUAUAAGGAAUAAAUUAGAAAGUUGUGAUAUUAAGUCUGCACAUAUAUCACCUACUUAUCUCAAUGAAAUUGUGAAAUUAGCACAAAAAAUCAAUACAUAAUUAUAGAAAAAAUGA